UUCCCCAAUUGCACAGUCCCCUCCAUCUCCAUUUCUUUUCAAACCUGUCAAAAGAAAAAUGGGUCCAAACACCUCAUCAUCAAGCAAUUUGAGAGACUUAAAAAAAACGCUAACUAUUGUGGAGAUUAUGACCUUACCACCAAUCAACAUACCUCUAGUCUUCUUCAAUAUUGGAUGCUUCUCGUCACUAGUCAAUACUGCUAAAACCCCCUGUUUUCUCCAUAGCUGAGUACCCAGAAGAAUCAUCCAUCAUAUGCCAAGCACACCCUUUCAGAAUUCAGCAAAAAUCAAAGAGGGAUUCCGAAUAUGAAGCCUCAGUCUCCACCAAGACAAGUGUGCUGUUUCUGGUACUCUUCCAAGAGAAGCGGGCACAGAAAAAAGAGCAAGAGGAGUCCUGAGGUUUCGGUAUCAAACAUGGAGGAUGUGAACUUGUUUUCGGUUGAAGAACAAGAGCAGAUGCUGAAGGCAGCGAUGCAGGAGGAGGAGAGGAUUACUAAGGAGGCUCAGAGGGUUGUGACCUGGGUCAAGCAAGAAUCAGCUAGAAUGGAUGUUUCUGCAGUCAAAGCGGUUAUAAAUGAUGGUUGAGACAUCUCAGAUCAUUGUUUUCCGUUUUCAUUUUCUGGGUUUUGAUUUGUAAUCUUGAACCGUCAAUAAGAUAAAAGUUUGAAGAAAAAAAGACAGGUCUUAGAUGACUUUGGAUCAUUUUUCCUUGAUACACUUUUGUUUGACCAAUCUCAGUCUAUGUUAAUAUGAACAGUUGUUACAAUUGGCAAGAAACUGAGAAAGAAAACCAAACAAAGAUUAUUCUAGGA